AUGAAAGUCGAAAAUGAAAACCAGAUCAUCGAGAUAUUGGAUAAUGAUCCAACGGGGUCUGAAAAUGAAAUUUCAACCGCUGAGGGAUCUUCCAGAGGCUCAAGAAAGCGCAGAGUUGAAGACAAUGACCUCUCGGAAAAGGUCCACUGGUCCGACAGCUCAGAUGGAGUGCCCGUGAAGCCAGCGAAGCGAAGGGCGAAGCGCAAGUCAAACGCAAAGAAUAAGAAAAAUCCAAAGCGUAAUGAUAGACAUGCCGCGAAAGAUGAGUUUGAUCUUGGGGACAUUCCGGACUACCUGCAAGAGAGACGUCGAAACUUUGAUGCAAAUAAGAAACAGUAUCACGAGGCGGCUCUCAUGCUACCCCCCGACUAUACCGACAUUGAUUUUCAUGAAUCCGGAAGAAUGGGAGAGCUGAAGGAAAGACCCGAGUUUGAUGUAAGAAGUGGUAUCAAGCCGUCUCGGCCGUACAGGGACAUUGAGCUACCCCAGUCCGCUGGGCUCAUCCCAGCACCUAUCGCUCAAUAUUUGCGAGACUAUCAGGUGGUUGGAGCCAAGUUUCUUCAUCGCAAGUUCGUUUUCCAAGAAGGAUGUAUUCUCGGCGACGACAUGGGUCUCGGUAAAACAGUCCAGGUAGCCGCAUUCCUGACAGCUGCAUUCGGCAAGACUGGCGACGAGCGGGAUGAUAAACGAAUGAGGGAGAUUCGGUUUUGCCCUGGUCGCUGGUAUCCCAGGAUCCUCGUCAUUUGUCCUGGGUCGCUUAUUAUCAAUUGGAAGAACGAGUUGAACAGAUGGGGAUGGUGGCACAUUGACAUAUAUCAUGGCACAAACAAGGACGACAUUAUGGGAACAGCACGAUCGGGGCUCCUCGAGAUCAUGAUUACGACCUACGACACGUACAAGAACAACCGGAGUUCUAUUAAUAUGGUGCCAUGGGAUGCUUGCAUUGCAGACGAAUGCCACCGACUCAAGGAUGGGUCGUCCGAAACGACCAAGGCAAUGAACGAAGUGAAUGCGCUUUGUCGUAUUGGGCUUACCGGAACCGCAAUUCAAAACAAGUAUGAGGAACUGUGGACACUUCUUGACUGGACAAACCCAGGGCAUUUCGGGGCCAAGUCGGAAUGGAUGCAGACCAUCAGCAAGCCUCUGACUGUUGGACAGUCCCACGAUGCAACUGUAGCCCAACUUAGUUUGGCCCGGCAAACCGCGAAGAAGCUCGUUCAGAAUCUCCUACCUCGCUACUUCUUACGGCGCAUGAAGACCCUAAUUGCAGAUCAGUUACCAAAGAAGACAGACAGAGUCGUCUUCUGCCCCCUCACGGACGUACAAGCCGAGGCAUACGAGAACUUCCUCAGCUGCCCUGAGAUCCAUCUUCUACGCAGCAUAUCAGAUCCAUGUCCACACGGCAGAAAGAAAGGCUGGUGCUGUCAAACCCGUCUCCCGGAUGGCAGACGAUGGCCCGCCAUCGUGUUUCCAGGCAUGAUUACGUUGCAAAAAUUAGCGAACCACCUCGCGCUGCUCACGCCGUCAACCACGGACAUCGAAAGCAAGCAUAAAAAGGAGCUGGAGACGCUGAAGCUCUGCCUUCCAAAUACAUGGAAGCCACUUUACGAACAAAGAGACCAGAUCAGAAAUCUUGUCAACCCCGAGUUCUGCGGCAAGUGGAAGGUCAUGAAGAAGCUGCUGAGGUUCUGGCACCAAAACGGCGAUAAGGUGCUUGUGUUCUCUCACAGCGUCCGGUUGCUCCGUAUCCUGCAGCACCUAUUCACGAGCACGAGCUACAACGUCAGCUACCUAGACGGAUCACUCAGCUACGAGGAGCGACAAGACGUCGUAGACACCUUCAACUCAGACCCCACCCAGUUUGUGUUUCUCAUCUCAACCAAGGCAGGGGGUGUGGGACUCAACAUCACAUCUGCCAACAAAGUAGUCAUUGUCGAUCCUCACUGGAACCCAUCAUACGACUUGCAAGCUCAAGACCGCGCGUAUCGAAUCGGCCAAACUCGUGAUGUCGAAGUUUUCCGCCUCAUUUCGCAGGGCACUGUAGAGGAAAUCGUCUACGCACGACAAGUGUACAAGCAACAACAGGCUAAUAUCGGAUACACCGCCUCAUCCGAACGCCGGUACUUCAAGGGCGUGCAGCAUGACGAGGACAGAAAGGGCGAAAUUUUCGGCCUAUCCAAUAUAUUCACGUACCACGGGACGUCCAGCCUCGUGAGAAACAUUGUGAAUAACACCAACAUAGCUGAGGCCAAAGCGGGCGUCGAUAUGGCAGACGUGGACAUGGAGCAGGCAGCCAAGGACGAAGAAGCGUUCGGUCCGCUGAAACAGGAAGAUGCGGGUGCUGAAGACGGCGGUGUGAGUCAACUAGCUGCAUUUCUUACUGCUGAGAACCAACAGCAGGUCCUUGAGUCCAAAAUAUCGGGCGCGCCCAAGAGCGACGCCAUCCAGGCAAUCUUGACGUCUGUUGGCGUAGAAUACACUCACGACAACUCUGAAGUUAUCGGCACGUCAAAGAUAGAGGAGCAGCUCUCGCGCCGAGCGGCCAUGCGAUCAUACACGGAUGGGGAUACGGAGGGACAGAAUGCCCUGUUUGCGGAUACCCAGGACGAAGACGAUCGCGACAUGCUACAUAACAUAUAUCGACCGCCAGAGGAUGUCUGUCUGCGGCAAUUCUGCUCAAUGGCCCAGGAAUUCGGAUUUAUCAAUGCUACGGAAUUUGCUCUUGUGGUCGAGAGUUGGUCGCAGGAAGCUAGGAGAAACUGCUUGGACACAUUUUAUAGGAGGAGAGAGGCGCAGUUGGAGGAGGCGGAGAAUUCGAGAACGGAAAGAGCGGUUGAGGCUGCUGCUGAGGCGGCGGUUGAGGAUGAGGAUGUCCAGUACCAUGUGAAAAGUGAUCAUGUGGCGCAGGUUAAAGAUGAAGACACUACGAAGAGCAAGACCAAGGAUAUAAAAAGGAUGGAGAAUGAUGAUAUAAGGGGCGAUAUGAAGGAUGAGAACAUCAAAACUGAAGGCGUCGCAUUGGGACACGUCAAGAGAGAGGACAUCAAGAACGAGAAUGUCAAGACUAUCGCCUUGAAGGAGGACGUUAAGCCUAAGGACGAAGGCGAACCGGGAGUUAAGCACCAGCCAGCCAACGUUCUUGAUGUGAAACCAAGAACGUUCAAGGUGGAGGGCGCGUCAAAACGAGAUUCAAUUUUUAUUUCCGAUGACGAUGAUGAUGAGCUAUAG